AUGUCUGAUAAAUCAACACUGUCUUCCAGAAAAUGGGUCGAUUUAGACCCACAGUUAACGCCGUGGGUGCUCGAAGCAGUUCAUAAUCUAGGUUUUACACAAAUGACCCCAGUUCAAGCAUCGGUCAUCCCUUUAUUCUCUGCUAAUAAAGAUGUUGUUGUCGAAGCAGUUACAGGUUCUGGCAAAACGCUGUCAUUUAUCAUUCCUGUGAUUGAAAGAGUUUUGAAAUUGGACCCUCUCUUACAGGGAGAAACUAAUGCCAUUAUUGUAUCUCCGACGAGAGAACUGGCUGAACAGAUAUACCGUGUUCUCGAGUCUAUCUUGGAUCUUUCUAAUGGUUUAGACUCUGUUGAAGAGAAGAAACAGAAAAAAAAGACUCGUCCUGUGAGAUCUCAACUUUUGAUCGGAGGAAGCACACCGACCCACGCUGAUUUAAAGAUAUUUACUCAGAGAAGACCGCAUAUUUUGGUAGCUACCCCCGGUAGACUGGUGGAACUACUGAGCUCAAACUCGGUACGAACCAAGGCAGUUGACUGUUUGGUGUUUGAUGAAGCUGAUAGACUGUUGGAUCUAGGAUUCGACACAGCUAUCAGUCAAAUACUCGGUUAUCUACCUAAACAGAAGAGAGUGGGUCUAUUCUCAGCUACCAUUAGUGAAGCUGUUUCAGAAAUGGUCCGAAUUGGUAUGAGGAAUCCAGUAAAAAUUGUGGUACGAGCUGGAAAGAAUCAAUCCAAGACUCCGACGUCUUUAGGCAUUUCAUACACAGUGGUUAAAAGUCCCAAGGACAAGAUCCCACUGCUUCUCGACAUUCUACGGAAAUACCACUAUAAAAAGGCUAUCGUUUACUUCCCUACAUGCACCAGUGUUACUUUUUUCUACUCAUUAAUAACAUUUCUAGAAGAAGAGCGACGGAAAUCUGUCGGAAGUAGCAAUGAUGACCUCCCACUGCCAAUGCUGUGUUCAUUACACGGAAAACUUCCACCAGGACCACGUCAUAAAACACUAGAGAAGUUUACAAAUAGCAUUGAUCAAGCAAUUCUGUUAACUACAGAUGUAGCUGCCCGUGGUUUAGACAUCCCUGGUGUGGACCUUGUUAUUCAGUUAGAUCCCCCUACUGAUCCUAAUGUGUUUUUGCAUCGAGCUGGUAGAGCCGGACGUCUGGGCAGACAAGGCAGUGGUAUUGUGUUUUUGAAUGAAGGUCGUGAAGAGGACUAUGUUGACUUCUUGAGCGUGCGAAAAGUACAAAUGGUAGAAGAAGAGCAUAACGAGAUCCCCACAGAUUAUGAUAUGUCCCUGGUGAGAACGUGGCUGCUUGAAGACCGUGCACGACAUGACCUCGCAUUAAGAUCAUACCUUUCGUACAUCCGAUUCUACACCAAGCAUACAGCCACGUCCAUAUUUCGACUGGCCAAUCUCGAUUUAGUCGAAUUGGCACGAUCCCAUCACCUUCUCAGGCUUCCCAAGAUGCCAGAACUAAAAGCAUUGCCCGAAGACCAGCUUCCCAAAGAUGGCUGGUUGGGAGAGCAAAUAGACAUGAGCGAAUACAAAUACGCCAACCCUCAAAGAGAAAAGGCGAGACUCGAGGAAUUGCAAAAGCAGGAAACCAAUAAACCGGCCAGAACUAAAGACAUUGUGAAGAAGAGCAAUAAAGCAUGGUCCGGCAAGCUGGAGAGAAAGGAACUGGCGUCCGAGAGGCGCGAGAAACGCAAAAACAGGCAAAUCGCCAAAAAAGCAGCCACCAUCGGAGACGGCGACUCGGAUUCGGACAGCGGAGCCGAGGUCGACUGGAAAGAAAUGGUCCAACAGAAGAAAAAGCAGAAAACCAACAACGGCAUCUCCGCCUUCGACGACCUGUAA